AUGUGGAAGUUGAAAAGCCCUAGUAUGCUCUUGAGACUGCUUUUCUGCUUUUUUAUCAUCAAAGAAGCCUUUUGCACAGAUCCAGAAGUGGUCGUGCUGCGAGCAGUGCGUGGCAGGGACGCCCGUCUGCCCUGUGGCCAGGGAAAAGUGUUUCUAGAUGGCCCAGACUCUUACGUACUCUGGCUGAAAAAUGACAGAGAUUUUCUGUAUCGAUUUCCUAAUGAAGAUUCUGAGAGAAGGUUAAUAAAUCGAGAUCGCAUCUACGGUACAUCGUGCGACACUGGAGCAUGUUACGAUGAUACUUCAUUACUCCUGAAAAGGGUCACUGAGGCAGAUAGUGGAAUAUACAGGUGUAGGGUUCAUUACCAAGCUUCUCCAUCUCUUGAUUUUGUCAUUGAUAUAAGGUUGGUCGAUUCGCCGGGGUUGCCUCGAAUAAUCAAUGAAGCCGGCGAUGAAAUAAAGAGGGGCUACGUGGGACCACUGAGCCUAGGGUCCGAUUUGACUUUAAUUUGUGAAGUUGAUGAUGACCAACCAGACACUCUAGUCUACUGGCGUCGGAACGAAGUGAUAAAAGAGCGAGCCCAUACUAUACGUCCUGGAGUACUUCGAGCUGAUGUACACGUCCACAACGCAACCCGAGAUGAGCUUGACGCGCACUACGAGUGCCUUGCACAAAACGCCGACGUCACAGAGCCGCUAAGCGCAAGCGUAGUCGUCAAAAUGUAUUUGCCGCCUAUUAAUGUGGAAAUUCGUUUAAACAACAACUUUGACUUCGAGGCGGGUCAGCCACGUGUUGUGGAUUGUGUGAUUGUCGGGUGUGUCCCACCACCAUCAAUAACAUGGCACCUUGGAGACGUUCUACUAAGACCUAGUGUUCACAAGGAACUGCAUGAUGGAAACUACACUGUGUCUUCAUUAACACUGGCGCCGUCGCUUCGGAACACCAAACAUGACCUCGUCUGUCGCGCACACAAUUCUCAUUUACCGAACGGAGUAUUUGAAGACAAAGUCACAUUGAAUGUUGGAUUUCGCCCCUUAUGUAUUUCAACAAGGGAAGAAACUAUAGGAGCUGUGGAGCGAGAAGCUGAAACUUUGGUUUGCGUUGUUGAAGCAUCACCGGAACCUUUACAGUUUAGUUGGACCUUUGCAGACUCUAGAACACUAUACACUAGUGUGAAGAAGCUACCAGGUCAUACACACAGGUACUCGUCUACAUUGACCUGGCUUCCUAGGGAGAGUGAUAUUGGUAUUCUGCUGUGUCGGGCGACGAACGCGUUUGGGGAACAAAAACGUCCUUGCUCAUAUACUAUAUCAGAAGGCGGCCCACCACGGGCACCUGAUUGCGUCGUACUACGCUCUUAUCCUCACGCCAUCCGUAUCCACUGCCAAAAAGGUUGGGAUGGAGGUAGAACACAAACUGUGUAUUUAGAACUGCUGAACGCGGACGGUACCUUAGUCCACAAUAUUUCAAAUACCGCUGGACAAUUUCAACUCCCUGACAUAGAAGAUGAAAGAAAUUUAACAGCUGUAGUGUACGCCGCAAAUUCUAGAGGGCGAAGUGAACCCAAAACAUUACAUCUGCAGACAAUAACACCUAUUAGUGCGUCAGCCGUUAAAAAGUACUCCCAAACGGGUAGUUGGACGCCCUGGCUUGAAGGUAUAGCUAUUGUUGGAGUAAUAGCAGCCGCAGUGACUGGAUCAGCUGUCUGCUUCAAAAUAAUCCGAAGCAAGAAAGAUGCAGUCGAACACAACCCCGAUUUAGUACCUCGAUCUGAUGGCACAUUUCACCGAGAACCCGACUUUACCCGGGAAGAACGUCUUCUUGGUACGACAAAUAUAACAGUUAAUCAACUUGCGUCAUGUCAGAAUCAAUACACGCCUUCGCCCGUACCUUCUUGUAGAGUGCUAGUGGGUUGCAGUCAUCCGCCGCCUCCAGAUUCUUGUCCGGCAACUCAACAUUCUUAUUUUGUAUAA